GACAAAACCUCACUGAUUAAGAAAAGGUAAAACGAUGGAAGAAGAACUGGUGGUGAUCUCGAAGAGUAUCGUAACUCCCAGAAACGUUAAGAAACCGACUUCUGUGAAGAAGAUUCAUCUGACUCCAUGGGAUCUCUCUCGUCUUCGCUUUGGUUAUCUUCAAAGAGGUCUUCUCUUUCCCAAACCUGAUCACAAAAUUGACAUCAAACAAUUACAAGCUUCACUCUCUGUUGCACUUGAUCGUUUCUAUCCUUUAGCUGGUCGUCUAGUGAAGCUAGCGAACGACGACGACACCGUCUCGUUUUUCAUCAGCUGCGAUGGUUCAGGUGUGGAGUUUGUUCACGCCAUGGCUAAAAACAUCGAGCUCAGUGAUGUCCUUCAGUUGUCCGGUUCUGUCCCCGGAUUUUUCGGUUCCUUUUUCCCUGCGACCGGGAUCAAGAACUACCACGGUGUCUCAAGAUCUCUACUUAUGGUUCAAGUGACCGAGAUAAAGGACGGGGUUUUCAUCGGUUUCGGUUAUAACUCUACUGUGGCUGACGCCACUUCAAUCUGGAAGUUCAUCAAUGCAUGGUCAGAGAUUUGCUCGAAAGAUUCGGGAUCCGAAACCUUCCAACGUUGUCUUCACCUCAAAGGUUGGUUCUUUGAUAGGAUAGAUUAUCCAAUCCCUAUUCCAGACCCUGAAACAAAACCAACUAGUUAUGUAACAUCAACCAAUCUACAAGAGAAGAUGUUUCAUGUUACAAAAGAGAAUGUUUUGAAACUGGAAGCUAAAGCCAACGACGAGGCUGAUCAAAAGAUCUCUUCAAUUCAAGCGGUGUUAGCAUAUAUAUGGCGUUCAAUGGUUAAACACAGUGGCAUGAGCCAAGAAGAAGAGACUCAUUGCAGGUUACCUAUAAACAUGAGGGGAAGACUCAAUCCACCGCUAGAAGAAGAGUGUUUUGGGAAUGUAAGCCAGACCGGGAUAGCCACGGUCACAGUCGGGGAGCUGCUGGACCAUGGACUAGGCUGGGCUGCUAUGGAAAUCAACAACAUGGAGCUGUCACAAACUGAUGAAAAAGCCAAAGAAUUUGCAGAGAAUUGGGUGAAAAAUAUCAAGAUUCCGGUUUCUGUCGGCAGCAAAGAUUUAGUUGUCACAAACUCUCACCGGUUCGAUGUGUAUUGCAAUGAUUUCGGUUGGGGUAAACCGAUUGCUGCAAGAGCUGGACCACCGUAUCUCAAUGGAAGGCUCGUCGUUUACAGAGGAAUCGAUCAAGAAAGUCUUGAUUUUCAGGCUUGUUUACUGCCUCAAGUAGUGGAAAAAUUAUUGAAGGAUGUUGAAUUUAACGACUAUGUAUGCAUUGUAUGAAAAUGAUUUGGUUCAGCAACAUUGAAUUUUAACUAAGCACACUAAUUCUCUCUUGUGGUCAAAUGAAUCGAUUCACCAAAUCAAUAAGCCUAAUGCAAUUCU